CCGGCGGGACCGGUGGGACUGGCCGGCCGCCCAGGGGCCGAGCCAGCGGGGACAUGGCCGCGGCCGCGCCCGGAGGGUCUGCGCCGCCCGCCGGCCCGGGCCCGCGCCUGGCUUUCAGCACCGCGGACAGCGGCGUCGGCGGCGGCGUGAGCGGGCUCGCCCCGGGUCCUGCCGCCGUGCCCAUGAAGGACCACGACGCCAUCAAGCUCUUCGUGGGGCAGAUCCCGCGGGGCUUGGACGAACAGGACCUCAAGCCGCUCUUCGAGGAGUUCGGCCGCAUCUACGAGCUGACGGUGCUCAAGGACCGGCUCACCGGCCUCCACAAAGGCUGUGCCUUCCUCACCUACUGCGCCCGGGACUCUGCUCUCAAGGCCCAGAGUGCACUGCACGAGCAGAAGACCCUGCCAGGGAUGAAUCGUCCGAUCCAGGUGAAGCCGGCUGCCAGUGAGGGCCGAGGAGAGGACCGGAAGCUGUUUGUGGGGAUGCUGGGCAAGCAGCAGGGUGAGGAUGAUGUCAGGCGCCUCUUCCAGCCCUUCGGCCACAUCGAGGAGUGCACAGUCCUGCGCAGCCCGGAUGGCACUAGUAAAGGCUGUGCCUUUGUGAAGUUUGGGAGCCAAGGGGAAGCACAGGCGGCCAUCCAGGGCUUGCACGGCAGCCGGACCAUGUCGGGCGCCUCGUCCAGCCUGGUGGUCAAGCUGGCCGACACUGACCGCGAGCGCGCACUGCGGAGGAUGCAGCAGAUGGCCGGGCAGCUGGGCGCCUUCCACCCCGCGCCUUUGCCAUUGGGAGCAUGCGGGGCCUACACCACGGCGAUCCUGCAGCAUCAGGCGGCCUUGCUGGCGGCGGCGCAGGGCCCGGGGCUGGGUCCGGUGGCUGCAGUGGCGGCGCAGAUGCAACACGUAGCAGCUUUCAGCUUGGUGGCCGCACCGCUGUUGCCCCACGCAGCCAGUUCCCAGGCCGGCGGCCCCGGUGCGCUCCCCGGCCUGCCCCCCCUGGGGGUCAACGGAUUCGGGCCCCUGACCCCGCAGACCAACGGGCAGCCGGGCACGGACAGCCUCUACAACAACGGGCUCUCCCCAUACCCAGCCCAGAGCCCCGGUGUGGCCGAUCCCCUGCAGCAGGCCUACGCUGGGAUGCAGCAUUUCGCAGCAGCCUAUCCCUCGGCCUAUGCCCCCGUGAGCACAGCAUUUGCCCAGCAGCCUUCAGCCCUGCCCCAGCAACAGAGAGAAGGCCCCGAAGGCUGUAACCUCUUCAUCUAUCACCUGCCCCAGGAGUUUGGUGAUGCCGAGCUCAUCCAGACAUUCCUGCCCUUUGGAGCUGUUGUGUCUGCCAAAGUCUUUGUGGAUCGUGCCACCAACCAGAGCAAGUGUUUCGGGUUUGUUAGCUUUGACAAUCCAACCAGUGCCCAGACUGCUAUUCAAGCCAUGAAUGGCUUUCAAAUUGGCAUGAAGAGGCUCAAGGUCCAACUAAAGAGGCCCAAGGAUGCCAACCGGCCUUACUGAUCUUCUUUCACUGACCAGCCACAGAGAAACUGAAGAGUGAGAAGAAAGGAAAGGAAAGCACAGAAAUGCUUGAGCCGCCCUUCCUGAAGGAGCAGCUGCAGAUGAAGGUGGAGCAGACCCAGGCCUGGCGCCUGGGCUCAGGCCACUCUAAGGAUUGUUUCAUUGAACAGGUGGUUCUAUGCCUGGGGCACAUGUGCUCAGGCUGGCAAGGCAUCUGGGGCUGGCUGAGGAUUGACUGUCUAGGAAGCCAGCAGAGGGCAUUGGGGGUGCCAAGGGCUUGUCCGCAAGGGAAGCCCAGAUUUACUUCUUUCAAAAUCAUAUCAUUCCUUAGAGUUUAGGGACCAAAGGACUAUUGCUUUUUUUUUAAGAAUAUAUAUAUUAAAAAAAAAGAAACCAAACUGCAAGAGAAACACGACGGUAUAGAGUCUCAUAAAAGCUGCCUUUAACUAUCUCUAGGAGACAGGGUGAAGGAGACCCUUGAAAGCCCAACAGAGGCAGAGGGAGGUACAGAAAGAUUGUCCUGUGUCUCAUCCCCACCCUCAACAAUGCUCUCCGCACCCACCUUUCAAAAAGAAAGAACUUGCGGUCUAGGCUCAGAUGCUAGUUACAAGAGUUAUGGAAGCAGUGACCCCACAAACUCAGAGAGGAUCCUCAAAGAGACCCCAGAAGAAGCUCUGGCCUGCAUGGGCCUUUGCCACCUCAAGGGCCCCCAAACCAGCAGGGGUGAGCCUGCCUUUUCUCCCUGACUGCCUUUCCCCUGGCAUUGCUGCUUCCCCAGGCAGGAAGAAUGGGAUCCUUAGGCCACCAUCCCAGCCCUUCUCAUUCCUGUCCAGAUAGACAGAGGCUCCGCCUUUGGCUCAGCAGAGACACCUCCUGUGCACCCUCCCUUUGAGCCAGCCCUGUGUCCCCUUGCUCCAAGCUGCCUUCUGUCUCGAAGUGUAAGUUUGCCCACCUGUAGCGUCAGGAUGUAUAGGAGGGCUGUGAAAACACACUCAGAAGGUUUGCUACUGUAAAUACUGCCAUUGAAAAAAAGGGGAUCAUUUCUAAUAUGUAGAAGCUUCAGAAUUUAGAGGUCCCUCUUUACCCAGGACCUGGGAGGGAAGUAGAUGUUUUGCCAAAUACUUCUUCAUUCCUUUAAAAAGUACACCUUUCCUAUGCAAGAGUGUCUCACUUGUGCUUAUCCAAGGUGCUUCUAGAUGGUGAGCAGUGUUCAGCUUAGAAGUAGUGUGUGCUCUGUCUGUCUGUCUGUCUGUGUCUGUCUGUUGUAUACAGUGGGUGCCAUAUAAAGCUGAUCAAUGGUGGUGCUUCCUGCCUGCUUCUGUGAGAUGGGCAAGAGAUUCAUCGUAAAAGACCACGACUCAUCUCGCCUUGGUCAGCCUCUUCUGGUCCUGCAGGGCCUCGCACACAUUUUCCCCAGGCAGAUCAUUUCCCCUCUACCCCACAAUCAUGGAUCGAGCUAAUCUGGGACCUCAGUGGUGUGGUGGGUGAGCAUAUGCUCCCCAGAUGUUGCUGAUAUGGGAGCCUCUGAUUUGAUAGCAUAUCAGAUAGUAAAGGAUGUGGGUAUGGGGGAAAAGGGUUCCUCCUUCCUAACAGUUUCUAAGAAAAGUUAUUCCCACCUGC